GUUGCUGGUGUGAAACGAAAAUGGCGUCGCAUAUACGGUGCCGAUGAUCUCGUUUAGCCGCGUCUCGCGAUCCGGAUAGUUACGGUUAACGGCGUGCGCGACGAAACGACGAGCGGACGUCCGCUGACGGCCGUGUGCAACGCGUACGACUCUAGCAUCGCUCGCGUACCUCAAGUACGAUUUUGUUUAUAGCGGUCGCGCCGCACGUUACGGACGUUAAAACGAGCGGCGGCAGCGGCGGCGAGGGUGACGGUGACGGUAGCUGUAGUGGCUACGGUGACGGCGAUUGUAAAUUGGUGCCGGACGGUGUCUCGCAUCGGCAGCCCGUGUGACAAAACCUUCGUGCGUAUGUGUGUUUCUCUCUCUGUGGGUCUUUGCGCGAGGACGGUUCGUCUCGUUACGAUGAAGGACACGAGAUAUCGUUUCCGCGCGUAAGCUUCGUGAGCAUCGUCGCGACGACGGGGUAAUGUGUGUGCGCGAGUGAGCCAUUCUCCUCCAUCGUCCUUGCUUCGACGGACUCGCGGAGGAGGCCAGUGAGCGACGACGGCGACGGCGACGACGUGCACGGUGACGGGGACGCGCGACGUCUAGCAUCUCGCUCACCAUGGCGGUGAAUCCGCGUGAUAUGGACGGCUUCAUGCCGCUCCUGUCAACGACGGAUAUCAAGAAGAAGCUGAACGUCGGCAGCGCGUUGCUGAAUUACCUCGGCGACUCGACCAAUAGCAUCGAGUGCCAGGACAUUGGCAUGUUCAUCGACAACGUAAUACCGUGGCUUGGCAACGGUAAUCCCAAGGUUGUUCAAAAUGGUUUAGAGAUCCUGACGUAUCUCGCGGAUCGAAUGGGUCACGAUUUCAAGCCUUACAUUUCCACCAUCAUUCAGCCAACGAUAGAUAGGCUAGGUGACAGUAAAGAUGCUACUAGAGAAAAGGCGCAAUUGGUGCUGCUAAAAAUUAUGGAGAAAGGAUGCAUGUCGCCUCAGAAUCUUCUUGAUAGACUUCGUCCGGCUUUUAAUCACAAGAAUGCAAAAUUACGAGAGGAAGCUCUGAUUUUGUUGACGACAACAUUGAAUGAACAUGGAGCAGACGAGAUGGCUCUAUCGGGCGUGAUCCCGACCAUUGUCAAGUUGCUGUCUGAUCCUUCGGAAAAAGUUCGGGAGACCGCUUUGAACACGCUGGCGGACAUCUAUCGACAUGUAGGCGAGAGAUUACGCAUUGAUUUGCAACGAAAGCACAAUGUGCCGCAAGCCAAGAUGCUCCUGUUAAUAGAAAAGUUUGAUCAACUGAAGGCUGCCGGCGAUCUUCUACCCUUAGCAAUGUCAUCUGACGUUGGCAAGGAUAACGAUGAAACCGACAGAGCGAUCAAAUCGGCUCCUGUUAAGAGGCUGACUGUGCCUCCAAAACGAAGUCAGUUUGGACCUGCUAAGACAUCAGCUUCUGCCUUAGCUCCUGGUUCAUCCUUCACGGUCCCAAGGUCAACAACCGUCAAAAGAACUCUGUCAGUAAGAUCAGCAUCAGCGCAAGCCGGAGCUGUCGACGAAGAAUACUUCAUCACUUCAUUUGAGGACGUACCUACUGUAAAUAUAUUUUCGGCGAAAGACCUCGAAGAACAGAUGAAGAUUAUCAAGGAUACGGUGGGCGACGACAAGAAGGACUGGAAACUGAGAACGGAUAGUAUGAAGAAAUUAAGGGCCAUUAUACUCGCAGGUGGCACUAAUUACGAAAAUUUCCACGAGUGCCUAAAGAACGUACAGCGACCAUUCGAGCAGGCCUGCACAGAUCUUAGAUCCCAAGUAGCACGAGAAGCGUGUGUAACUCUAGCCUUUCUGAGUCAGAGUCUGAAGACCAAAUUCGCCAGUUUUGGCGAGGCAGUUUUGCUCACGUUAAUGAACCUCAUACAGAACAGUGCCAAGGUCGUGGCGACAGCUGGUGCGGUGGCAGUUCGGUUUAUCCUUCAAAAUACCCAUUGUAGUCGAUAUGUGCCUAUUAUUAUAUCGUGCGUGAGCAACAAAAGCAAAGACAUUCGCAAAGCGUCCUGGGAAUAUCUAGCUCUAAUUCUGCAAACUUGGCCUACGCAGAUAUUGCAAAAGCACAUAACAAUAUUGCCGGACGCGCUUAAAAAGGGUAUCGCGGAUUCCGAUGCGGAAGCGCGAGUUUUCGCCAGGAAAUCAUUCUGGGCAUUUAAAAAUCACUUUCCAGAGCAGGCUGAGAUACUACUUAAUAAUCUGGACGCGUCAUACAAACGUUCUUUAAUGUCUCUCAGUAAUAGCGGUAGUAGUAACAGCUUAAAUGUCGUAGCUAAUGCGAGAUCGUCGAGUGUUAGUCCACGGACAGCAAGACCUGCGAUGAGUGCGGCAGGUAGUACGGAAAAUUUGCAUCAGACCAUUGGUCAACCGCACGGUCCGCUUAGACGUACUCCGUCUUUGCCUCGAUCUUAUCGUCAGUCUGGUAUCCCGAUACUACAAAGACCAACAGAUAGUCAUUACCGAGGAACGCCGGGAGGAGUUAGAUCUACUAGCGCGAUCGAUUUGCAAGCUGCUCAAAGAGCAAAAGCCAGAACAAUGUAUGCAAAUAUGAGUAGACAGAAAGCAGCAGCAGCACUUCCUCGCCCUAGUAAAUCUCCAGAUCCUAACGCGAUUGCUAGUCCAGAAAGAGUUGCAAGGACGAGAACAAGAAUGUCGGGAGUUUCUCAAUCUCAACCCAGCAGCAGAUCAGGUUCCCCAUCGUCUAGAUUGAAUUAUGUCACAUAUAAUCGUGAAGGCGAGUCACUGAUAGGCAGACCGAGGAGAUUAUCCGGACAUGGUAUCGGCAGCACAAGCAACAGUCGUGAACCCAGUCCACAGAGAUUUGGAAUGGAUAGAAGUUUCGCAAGCAAACUAAGAGGGAGAAAUCUACAUAUGUCACCGACAGACAGUACCAGGCCACCAGUCAUGGCGCAGAAAAUGCUACUAAAGUCGCGCGAAGCGGAAUCCGUUUUGGCAGAUGCUCUGACUCUUGACAGUAUCGAUAAUUAUAACAGAAUACCGGGCAAAGGAGAUCACAGUGAUGAUAGUGAAAACAGCAGCAUAUGUUCGGAACGAAGCAUAGAUGGUUACAGACGAGCUAGCGAUGACAUCAAAGAAAUUAUUGAAAACUGUGCUCAUAAACAUUGGGGAGAUCGGAAAGAAGGCUUGGUGGCUUUACAGCAUUAUUUGAGUAGUGGAAAUACAUUAACAACAUCAGAUUUGCGUAGAGUGACAGAUAUUUUUACAAAAAUGUUCAUGGAUUCCCAUACCAAAGUCUUCAGUUUGUUUCUGGAUACGUUAAAUGAACUAGUGAUGACUCACAGUGAAGGUCUUGGUGAUUGGCUUUAUGUUUUGUGUGCAAGACUGCUCAAUAAAUUGGGCACUGAUUUAUUAGGAUCUAUACAAACAAAGAUCCAGAGAACACUUGAUAUUGUAAGAGACUAUUUCCCGGAACAACAACUUCUACCCGCUGUGAUGAGGUAUCUGACAGAUCCAACACAAACACCAAAUUCUCGUGUGAAAGUAGCAGCAUUGAAAUUUAUCACGCAGAUCGCCGAGACGGCAGAACCGUCCGCUCUUACCAGUUCUUCAGCGUCAGCACUUGCGCGACUGCUCGACUGGUCGAAUGACGGUAAAAGUCAAGAUGUCAAGAGGCACGCGCAGAACGCUGUGAUAUCACUUUACAAUCUCAAUCCGCCUCAAGUUACUAUGAUACUUUCCGAGUUACCGAAAUACUAUCAAGAAACAGCCUGGCCCCUGGUGCAGAAUCAUUUAAGGAAAUCGUCCGGUUCUAGUAAUCCGGCUUCGCCCGGUACACCACCGCCUAGAGCGCAAAGCUCGCCAGCUCGAACGAAAGCGAAAAAUGAUAUUAAGAUGGAAAGAACCGAAAUCGAUGGAGGAGAUGAAAACAUGGAGGAAGUGUACAAAUCACUACGACGCACAACCGCUGAAAUCCAAAAUUACGGCUUCGAGCGUCUGGAAAGAGCUACCACUAGCAAAGAUAGUGGAAUCAGCAACAUGGCCGAUGUGGAAGAAAGAAUGGAAGGUCUCACUUUAUCCAAUUCGGGCCGAUCAUCGUCGGUUUCUUCGCCAACGCAACGAGGACGAUCUGUUAAUAAUAUAACAGUGAACGGAUCCGAUACGAUUGCUGGUGAUUUGAUUCUACCUCAAGAAAAUAAUGGUUACAAAACGCAUGGAUCAUCAUCACCCGAUUUAUCGAAUAGACCAGAAAUCGUAGAUAAUAUGGUUAAAACUUUACAAUCUAAAGUAGCGCAAACUACAGAGAAAGUAUCAGUGUUACAAGAAUUUCAAUUAUAUGUCCGCGAAGGGGAUGCGUUGUAUGUCAAACGAAAUUUCAAAAAAGUGCUCAAAGUUUUAUUAGAUAGCUUAUCCAAUGAUGGCAAAGUGAUACAAGUAGAAGUGCUUCAAACGCUAAUCGAUAUGCUUAAAUGUCAAGAAUUGAUAGAGAACUUUUCCUCUUAUAAUGAAUUACUGGUAUUGAAAGUUAUUUACGCUUACAAAUCCGAUGAUCAGAAGGUCGAUUCGUCUAGCGGUAGCGGCGGUAGAUCACCAGUACAUUGGAAUGCGGAGAAGUGUGCGGCGACGAUGGCUAUGGUUUUAAAGCCUGAACAGAUUAUACACUUAGUUUCCACUAUAAUCGCUACAGAGUCAUAUCCACUAAAUAUGGGCGCGAUAAAGAUGUUGCACAAAGUCGUGGAGCAUUGGGGACGCGACGCUAUCGAACCUCAUCUUGCCAAGGUUAUGCCGGGUCUUAUCAAGGCCUACGAUGAUGCUGAAAGCGCAGUUCGCAAGAGUGCAGUCUUUUGUAUGGUGGCGAUUCAUCUCGCGGUCGGCGAGGAAGCGCUGCAACCACAUCUAAGCAACUUGUACUCCAGCAAACUGAAAUUGUUAAAUAUUUAUAUACAACGUGCGCAGCAACAGGCGAACAGUACACCUGCCAGUCCGCGUAGCAACAGUAAGAAUUAACUAACAUCCAAUACCACGACUCUCAGGGUCGCGAUACUUAAGAGAUUCGCCCGUUUCGGCGCGCGGCAUGAGCGAAUGCUUAUGAGCUUCCUCAGUAAGUCCAAUCCGUGAUGAUCGACGAUGGUUUUACCAAUAUGACUCGGAAGUUUUGAUACAAUAGAGACUGAUGAUGUGUAUGUGUGUGCGUAAUUUCGCGAUACGCGUGUUUGUGUAAAUCGAUGCUCGAGACGACAGUGAUGUUGCGGGUGAGAUCAGAUGAUAAUCUUGUUGUGUUUAUCAUCUAUUUGAUUAUAUAAGAAUAAGUAAGAAUAAUCUUGAUUAAUUACAGAUAAGUAAAAAAACCUUAUAUGAGCAUCACAUAGUAAUGAUUGAUAAAUAUUGCUCCCGUUUGCUUUCUGUGAAAGGAUUAUGGAAUUAUUUGUGUAUUACUUAUUAUUCACUUACGAAGUAAACUGCUUAUGAUUUGUUUAAUUCUGUUAAUUGGUGUUUUUAUUUUAUUUUUAUUUUUCUCACUACGAUACAUAUAUUCUACAUGCAAAUAUAUACAUAGUUUAUACAUGUAAAUUACAUUGUGUUUUAUGAUGGAGUUGCAGUAUUGGAAAUGCAGUAUUUUCGUCAAGCUUUCAUUCACAUUUUUGUAAAUUACACAUAGCAAUAACAUUUUUUUUCAUAAUGCUUUAAUUCUUCCAUCGUCGUGAGAUAUUCACUAAACUAGAUAACUAAAAAAAAAAUACAAGGCAACAUCACUGUCUACAGAUUCGAUAUCUCUCAGUGCGCAGCCGAAUACUAAUCAUGCGAGCUAUCAGUGAACGUUACAUAAAAUAUAGUGUAUGCUUGUUACCGAGUGCCGAGCGUAGUCGCGUUGUCCGGCAAUACGUCGUGGUGUAUCUCACAGCAACGACACGUGAUAAGAAAAAUGUGUGUAUAAUUUAUUCAUUUGAAAUCUAUGUGCUAGUCAGAUUCCCAAGGACCGCACAAUGACGUAAAAGACACAAACGGAAUAGUCUUUCUCGACAAACCAUGCAUAGACACACAAAUAAUACAUAUAUACAUACAAGAAGAAAUAUGUGCGUGAGAGAAAUAAAAAAAGGAGAGCAAUUUUAAUGAGAGAAUGAGAGAAUAUGUGGCUGAGAGAUUAGCGCGUGUUUAAAAAAUAAGCAUAAAUAAAGUAAUAGCGAUUAGCCAAUCGAUCUGCUCGAGACUAACGUUAACACUUAAACUAUUCAUCACGUUGCCAAUAAUUGAAUGAACGCUAAAUCAAACGCUAACGUAAUGAGUUUAGUAACACUUUGUGCCAUUGUCGUUUCUGUUUACUGUAUAAGAAAAAAAUUAUAUAUAUA